CAACUGUUGUGUGUUUUCGCGUCGUCGUAGCAACCUCUUUCCCAUCAUCCUUUUUUCCUCCCUCCAUUGGAUCUAGUUGCUGCUCAUCCCUUUUCCUGGAAUAUCACGUUAACAGAGAAUAUGGACCAACAAGAUUUCCGUUAAUUCCGCUGUUGGCUUCUCUUUCACACACAGCACACUUUCCCCGACUCCUGUCUGAUUUUCAUCGUGCCUGUUACUAAAGACUGACAGAGAGAUUGUAUCCACCAUGCCCAUGAGAAAGAGAUCGACAGCCUGAAUAAUGUCAUCUUCCAUUGCGGAGCUUCUCACAGCGUCACUGGCAAAAUAAGAACGUCAACGUCAACGAUACAGAUCAACAAUUACCACAACAAAGUAGGAUUCAAUGGCAAGCAAGAGUGACAGUACCAUGGAUGAUAUUUACGCUGGUCAUGUUGCUGCGUUACCACAGCUACCAUCACGCGUCGUCAAGGUAUUCCUCAGUUGCCUUCAAUCAGAUACUGAAAGUGAGAGGGUUGCAUUGCUGCAAGAUGUUUAUCCAGAUCUACAGGAACAUUGUUUGCAGUAUGGACUGGACUUUCAGCUAUUUGAUAUGCAUCAGUAUGGAUCAAAUUCUAUCACCAUAGACCAUGAGACAACAGCUACAAGGAUCCUUGAACUUGAAGAUUCACAUCGCUUAUCACAGGGACCAUUCUUUGUGUCGUUGAUUGGUAGUAAAUAUGGAGAGUGUAUCUUACCUGCUGUCAUAGAAGAGGCUGAAUAUGCUCAUAUUAAAGAUUGUGCAUUUGAAGCCGGUCGUAAUAUCAACCUACUUGAUGAAUGGUACUUGGAAGAUGUCACGAGCACUGAAAAGAAAGUUUAUAGACUACAGCCGAUCUCAAUGAAACUUAAACACUUCUAUGACAUAGGUGUUGAAAAUAAAGAACUCCAAGAAAAAGAUAGAUUACAGUGGAAGAAGACGCAUGAAACGUUACUCGAACUAUUGCAGCAGUGCUCGGAGUACGCGUUUGAUGAAGGUCUGAUAAAUGAAGAUGAGGUGCAUAAAUACUAUAUGUCAGGCUUAGAGACUGAAGUGUCAACCGCCAUAUCACGUUCUGAAGAAUCUGCCAAAAAUUGCCUUUUUGUUUUUCGUAACUUGGAAGACAUACCGCAAAACCUGAACUCCGACCAUCCAGAAUUACCCAAAUAUAUAGACAUGAAGAAACCCAAACAUAAAUUUGAUAAAAAAGCGCAAGACCGUCUGAAGAAGCUGAAGGAGGGAAGGAUCCCUAGUAAAGUGCCGGGAGAGAAUAUUCUUAAUUUCUCUGUGAAGUGGACUGAGAAGGGUAUUGACCCCGAAUUUAGUGCACAUAAAAUGUAUCUGAAAGAUCUAUGCAUGCAAGUUUCUGAAAAGUUGAAAACAUUGAUAGACAGGCGUAUGGCAAGCGAGUGUCAAGAUCCAUUGCGACCAACGAUCGAGGAUAGUAGACAUAUGUUUAAUGAGGUCGUGGAGCAUGUACGUAUGUCUAGCGUGUACUGUCGUGAUUUCGUUGGUCGUGAAACGCUGCUGAGCCAGGUGAAGAACUCUAUACUGUCCAAUAGAAAUGAUUCAGAUCGUGUCAGCCAUCCAAUUGUGUUGGAAGGCAUAGUUGGGUCCGGAAAAUCGGCCACCUUAUCCAUGCUAGCAAAAACAGCCACCUCAUGGCUAGGAGAGAACACAGUAGCAAUCAUACGGUUCACAUGUUUGACUUUAUAUAGCAAGUCUGCUCGUGAUAUCCUUAUUAGCAUUUGCCGACAAAUAUGCAAAGCAUAUAAGAAGAAACUGUCGGACAUUCCUGAAGACUUCGACACCUUGAAAUCGUUUUUUCCAGAUCUUCUUAAUAAAGUUUCAAAUGCAUCACGGCCGUUGUUGAUAAUCAUCGACAACAUAGAGAAUGUACGCAAGGACUUUGAUGCGCAUAAUUUACAAUGGUUGCCCGCAAAUCUCCCGACCAACGUAUUUGUCAUUGUCUCCAUCACCCAUGAUUCCCAACUCAAAGUGACGCUCGAAAAGAAAAUACUCAUCUCGUCAAAUUUCAUUCAAGUUCCUCCACUUACCGAAAAGGAACUGCAACGAAUCAUCAAUCAGUUUUUACAUGCUUGUAAUCGAACACUAACCACAGAGCAACUGAAAUUGUUUGUGAGAGCCGUCCAGAAGAAUUGUCAGCCGCUAUUUGCCAAGUUAUUAUGCCAAGAAACAAAGUUUGUUAAUCCAUCCGGUAAUGGGCGUGAGCCGAUAACUGCUUGCAAGGAAGCUAUACAUAGGAUAUUUCAACACCUUGAGGAGAAAUAUGGCUCCAUUAUUGUUCAACACACAAUCAGGUAUUUAACCGCACCGAACCAUGGCAUUACUGAGAUAGAAAUAUUAGAUUUACUGAGCUGCAAUGAUGAGGUUAUAAACGCUAUCUAUCCAAAUCAAUUGCCGAUGGUUUUACGAUUUCCUCACAGAGUUUGGGCAAACAUCAAGUAUGAUCUUGGUUUAUUGUUGUGUGAAGUCCACAUUGACAACAAAACACUACUGAAGUGGAGUAACGAAAUUCUGAAACAGACAGCAAAAGACCGUUAUCUCUGCACUAAGACGAAUAUCGUCAUAUGUCACCGUGAUUUCUCUGAAUUGUUUCUGCAAACAUGGGUCAAACAGAAGCCGUUGAACCUGCCCAAUAGAGAAGUGGAAGUUGAUGACAACAGGAAAGUUGCUCCUCAGCCGUUACUGUACGGCGAGACUCGGUACAAUAUGAGACGUCUUAGCGAACUCUGGUAUCACCUUAUAUUCUCAGGUGAUCUGAAACGACUGAAAAUGGCCACCUUUUGUAACUUUGAAUACUUGCUAGCCAAGACACACGCCACCUCUAUCUAUCACCUUAUUAGCGAUUUUGACAUCAUGUUUCAACAGACGAUAGAUUCGGAACUGGAAUUAAUAAGUAAUGCCAUACGUCUCUCCUUGGCAGCAUUGAGUGCUGAUCCACUACAACUAGCUGCUGAGCUGAUUGGUCGAUUACUGCCAAUGAAAGAUGAUUACCCAGAGGAUUUAGAAAACCUAGUCCAGCAAGCAAUGGAAUGGUGUGACCUUUAUACUCGUCCUCUUCUGGUUCCAUUAUCGUCAUGGUUACCAAAUCCUAGGGAAUCUCUCGUGACGAGUCUUUCAUGUGAAGGUUUGACUUGGAUGACGGUCACGUUAGAUAACCAGAAUGUGAUCUGUGCAACACGAAGUAAUGCCGUAACUGUUUAUCACAUCGCCUCUAAGCAACGAAUACGCAACUACCACGGACACGAGAGUGAUAUCACAUGCUUGCAGUUAUCGCAUGAUGAAAAGUUCAUCGCUACUGGGUCAACCGAUAAAACAGUUCGGAUGUGGGAUUUAGAGACCGAGAAGAGCCUGUUGACGCUGACAGGUCACAUGGGGUCGGUAACAUGCUUGACAAUAUCCCAUAACGACCAUCGUGUCAUGAGUGGGUCUUCUGAUUGUAUGUUGAACGUUUAUCGAGUUGACACAGGUGAAAAACUUCAUACGUUCAAGGAGCAUUCUAAGCCAAUCACAUCAAUUGCCAUUAAUAGUUAUGACGAUGUGCUCGUAUCAACAGCAGCCGAUACAACCAUUAAGAUUUGGAAUUUGGAUGACUUUACAUUACUGGAAAGCAUUGAAGACUUUUCCUCUUCUAUGAUUUGCAUGGCUCUAUCAGACGACAAUACUUUUAUCGUGUCAGGUUGUGAAAACGGAAAGGUUCAGUUGAACAGCUUGACUACGGGAACUGAAAUACAUUGUCUUGAACGACACAAGCAUAAGGUUUCGGCCAUUACAGUGUCACAUGAUAGUACAUAUGCAAUCGUCGGCACCACGGAUAACAUGGUUCAUGUUUACAACCUGAAAUCAGCCGAACUGUUGCACACGUUCACUGGCCAUACACAUCCAAUUACUUGUUUAUCAGUUACCCAGGAUGACUAUUUUGUGAUCUCAGCAUCGUUUGAUCAAACAGUCAAAGUUUGGAAUCUGGACAAGCAGCCACGGAAUGAACCUAACCCUGAUAAUCAUAAAGACCAGGUUUUAUGUGUAGCUAUCUCUAAAGACGGCACCUAUGCUAUUACUGGGUCCAAAGAUUGCACUCUAAAGAUCUGGAAUUUGGAAAUCAGUCAGAUUGUCCAGUCAUUAGAGGAGCAUGAGAAGCCGGUGACGAGUGUAGAUCUAGCCGAGGACUGUACAUUUGCUGUCUCUGGUUCUGAAGAUGCUACAGUGAAAGUGUGGAGUGUCAUGAUGGGGUUCGUUGUUGUGACGUUUUCUGAGCACCGUGAUAAAAUCACUACCGUCCGUAUCUUAUCUGAUAAUCAACGAAUCCUCUCAGCUGACAUGAAGAACUCGAUAAAAGUUUGGUUUGCUGAAUCCGGUGAAGUGAUCCUAUCCUGUAGUGGUCCGUCAACUUUUGUGACAACGACACCUAGCAGCACGUUCUGUAUCAGCGGCGAUGGUGAUGAGAGAAUGAAGAUUUGGCAAGUCGGUGAUGGAAAGUCAGUUCAUACAAUUAGCCAUCUAAAACCCAUCACUUGCUUCACAGUCACCAAAGAUAACAAGUUUUGUAUCACAGGGUCAGAGGACGAGUCAUUAAAAGUUUGGGAAAUUGAAACAGGAAAAAUCACGCAGAUACUUGCGGGUCAUGAUGAUGGUGUCACGUGUGUAGCCGUAGCCGAUCAUAAUAGACAUGUAAUAUCUGGAUCUUUGGAUACAACAUUGAUUAUAUGGAAUAUGAUGACAGGAGAGGUGGACAGGGCACUAAAUGGCCACACAGAUGGAGUUACUGGUGUUAGAAUGACCACUGAUGGCAGUAUUGCUAUAUCAGGAUCCAAAGAUGGCACACUACGCGUGUGGUCUGUACAACGGGGUACAUUGAUAACGUCAUUUUAUAUGCACGUUGGCGUGGUGAACCUGGAGAUGUCAUUUGACGCCAGUCAUAUCAUAGUACAAUUGGCUGAUGGUGGACAUGCUCCAUUGUUGUGCCUUCAUAACAGUCCAGCAACAGAUGUAAAGUCACAAAGCCAAGUUGAUAUUAAUGUUAAUGAAGAUCCAUGGCCAGUGUUGCCAAUUAAACCCAAACCUCCGUUGGUACACAAGCAGUCUGUAGUCCUCCCACCAACUGGAAGUCGAAAAUCCACCGUCAUCCCGCCAGGAGAGGCUGGAAAAGCUAACGCAACUGCUACAACCGGCCAAACGUCGAAUAAGAAAGGUGCACUGAGCGGCACCAUUGGUACUUCAAAAGACAGCAAAGGAACACCAAAGAAAAACAAGAAGUCUGGAGUUUGCAUUAUACUCUAGGUUUUGUGGAUUUAUGUGGGAUUCGCAACAAAGACCAACACUUCACCAACAAAAGUGGAACUCUUAGCAAAUCAAAGUAUGAAUAUGUGGGAUUUUAAAUGUGCAAUUACACCACAACUUUAAAGUACAAAUAUUUUGACUGAAAAUGACCGAUGUAAAAGUGUUUAAAAGUUGUAUAGUUUUCGUCUUCUUUCCUCAUAUAUCACCCACCCAUUUGAUCACGUGUACAUAACAAAAUAUAUUAUUAUAUUUAACUGGGACAGGGCUUGCUACUGUAAUAGGUAUUUAUAUUUACUUCAGCCAAUCACAAUAGGGCUUGCUAUUGUAAUAGGUAUUUACACUCACUUCAACGAAUCACAAUAGGGCUUGCUACUGUAAUAGGUAUUUAUACUCACUUCAACAAAUCACAAAGGGCUUGCUACUGUAAUAGAUAUUUAUAUCAUGGAACUAUAAACCCCAGGAAGAACAACCACUUCGUUUCCUUUGAACUAUGAUAGUUGCCGCGAUGUCGAAUGUUUAUUUUGACUGUUUAUUUCGUCGCAUUAAAAAAUAAGCCAAUUUACGCAAAUGAACGUUUAUCUCCGACUAUCGGGCGACUUCGGGAGAUCACGUGAUCGAGUUGUUUCGGUUAUAGCAUAAAAAAACAAUGGCGCCAAGACAAAAACACUGAUAAAUGAGCGACAUUGAACAGGAAAAAAAAACACAUUGCCACUUCUGGCAAUCGAAG